AUUGUGAAAAAGGAGACACAAAUGAGACGGGCAAUAUCCCCAAGAGAGCGCCUAGCACCAUGCAUUCUUUUUCAGGAAACAGGUGAAACGUUCAGUUCCCUCAGUUUCCAGUACAGGGUUGGGGUCAGCACUAUUUCUGAGAUGGUUAUGGAAACCUGUGCCGCUCUGUACAAGGUCAUGAAAAAAGACUUCCUCAAGACACCAUCCACAGAGGCAGAAUGGCGGGGAAUAGCCCAUGAGUUUCAAUCUAAAUGGCAAUUCCCACAUUGCCUAGGUGCGCUUGAUGGUAAACACAUCCGUAUACAGCCUCCAGCAAAAAGUGGCAGUCUCUACCAUAAUUACAAGUCCAGCUUCUCUGUGAUAAUGAUGGCUGCUGUGGAUGCCAAUUACAAGUUCAUUUAUGCCAUUGUGGGUACCCAAGGUAGAGUUUCUGAUGCUGGACUAUUCGCUCAGUCAGACUUGCGCCAAGCGAUGGAUCAGGGCCGGCUGAACUUUCCUCCACCCGAACCAUUGCCCAGCAGUGACAUAAUGAUGCCAUACAUGUUUGUGGGUGAUGAGGCAUAUCCUUUGAGGUGUGAUCUCAUGAAGCCAUAUCCUUACAGGCAAAUGGAGCACAGUCAACGGGUACUGAACUACCGUCUGUCCAGAGCACGGCGAGUGGUAGAAAAUGCAUUCGGCAUUCUUGCCAACAAGUUACGAGUUUUUAGGAGCACCAUAUGCUUGGAGCCAGACAAGAUCCUCACGAUAACAAAUUAUGAGUCCUAA